AUGCUGCGACGUCUUCCUCGGUCGCUGGCGUUUCCAGCCCGAGUUCGCACCGGCCGAUGCUCGCAUUGGCCUUGUGUCACGCCUGCCCAGAGCUCGCACUUUCGUUUGUUUUCUAUUGUAUCGAAAAGUCAAGAGGACAGAUCCGAGUCUUCCGUUAGUAUCGACGAUGAGAUUCGUGCUUCCAAGCACGAUGGAGUGCAAAAAUUGCUCUCACUCUAUCAUCCAGAAAAGAAGCCUCUAGUAAUCUCCAUCUCCGCCCUAGGCGUCUCUACAUUCAUCACCAUGUGUGUACCGCACGGAAUGGGCAAAGUCAUUGAUGUCGUGACGGCAGGUACAGCUGCUGCAAUGCCCUUGUCUACCGUAAUGAUGCUACUCGGUAGUCUCUUUGCUGCUGGGUCGAUUGCCAAUGUCAUUCGAGUGGACACUAGCAAUAUGAUUGGCGAGAGAAUUACCAAUAGAUUGAGACGAGAUACGUACGCAUCGAUAUUGCGGCAGGAGCUAGGAUUCUUUGAUGCAUCGAGGACAGGCGAGCUGCUCAACAGACUAAGUUCAGAUACGACGCUGAUUGGGAAAGUCCUAAGUGACAAUACGGCAAGUGGGCUACGCAGCGCUGGACAGGCGCUAGGAAGCAUCACGAUGAUCUUUGUCACGUGUCCACAACUGGCCAUGGUCAUGUUGUCGGUCGUCCCGCCCAUUGCGCUUGGUGCGGUGAGUUACGGACGAUAUGUGAAAAAGCUGACGAAGGAGGUGCAGACGCAGCUAAGUGAAGCCACGGAAGUGGCUGAAGAAAAACUGAGUAACAUUCGUGUGGUACGGUGGUUUGCGAAAGAGCCGCAUGAGGUGCAAGCUUACGGGAAAAAGGUUGAUGGUGCGUUGGCACUGGCGCGCAAGCGCUCGCUUGCAAGUGCCACGUUUUUCGGUGGCGUGGAUUUUGGCGUGAAAAUGAGUAUGGUUGGCGUUCUUGGCUAUGGAGGACAAAUGGUGGUGGAGGGGUCGCUUACGAGCGGGGAGCUCACUUCUUUCUUGCUGUACACACUCUACGUGGGAUUCUCCGUCGCAGGCAUGUCAUCUUUCUAUGCCGAAUCAAUGAAAGGCAUUGGAGCAUCUUCGCGUGUGUUCGAGUUGCUCCAGCGUGAGCCAAACAUAUUAAUUCCUGAAGGAGGAUGGAGCCCGAUUCCCAAUCCAUUGCAUGGCCACAUCCAGUUUCAAGACGUUGAGUUUGCAUACCCUGCCCGUCCGGAUUCAAAGAUCUUUCGCGGUCUGAAUUUGGAGGUACUGCCAGAUGAAACGUUGGCGCUCGUGGGUGGCAGUGGCUGUGGCAAAUCGUCGCUGAUGUCGUUACUCGCGCGCUUUUACGAGUUAAAUGGCCCUGGGGGUGGUGGAAGAAUCACACUAGAUGGUGUGGACAUUUCCACGCUGAACCCGACGAAGCUCCGAGGCUUGAUGGGCUCUGUUCCGCAAGAGCCACCGCUUUUUGCUUGCUCCGUUCGAGACAAUAUUGCCUACGGCUGCUGCGGUAAAGAAGAAGUCGUCCCUUUCGAGGACAUCGUUCAUGCAGCAAAAGUUGCCAACGCACAUAACUUUAUCAUGUCUUUUCCGGAUGGAUAUGACACGAUUGUUGGCGAGCGAGGUCAAGCACUCUCAGGGGGCCAGAAACAGCGGGUAGCAAUUGCUCGUGCACUAGUCAAGCGUCCCCGAAUCCUUAUCUUGGAUGAAGCGACCUCAGCUUUGGACAUAGAGAGCGAGAAACUGGUACAAGAUGCAGUGCAUCGCGCUAAACAAGGGCGCACCGUGAUUUUAGUGGCACAUCGAUUAUCCACAAUCAAAAGCGCUGACCGCAUUGCUGUGAUCUCCGAUGGCCGCAUUGUGGAGCAAGGCACCUUUACUCAGCUUGCAGCUCGUGCUGACAGCACCUUUAAUCAAGUAAUUCUAAAGGGGCAAAACUGA